AUGAACGUCAUUAUUCUUUCUUCAAUUUGUAUCCCUCCAUCAUCAUUCAUUGGAGCAAGUUUGGAAAUAGAUAAUAAUGUCAUUCAACACACUUUGAAAUGGGAUGGUUUCAAAUCAAGAUGGGAUGUUUUUCGAUCCCAUUCUCAUGAAUAUCACCUUGAUAAUCAACUCGCUCCAUGGAUGGUGAACACUUUGCAGAGUCUUAAGUUUCUGAUAUUUGUGGUGUCACAUUUGUUUUUGAUUUUUGGAGCAGCGAUAUCUAAAUUGAUAGUGAUUUUAUUGGCAACCAGUACUGAGCUAAAAACUCUAGAAAGUUAUUUUGAGAAAAAGUGCCACAUUGGAGAAGGAAAGGUGAAAAACACAGAAGUAAUAGCGUCUGCAGUUUGUACCCUGUGGCUUAUUCAAAAUGUACCGGAUGUAAUGGCAAUCAUUCAGUCGCUGUAUAGAAUUUAUAAAUAUCCGAAAGAACGAGAAGGUGCAGCAUUGGUGCUAUUUAUAAUGGAAUGUUGCCGAUCCAUAGGCAUGGCUAUUUUAUUUUACCAUAUUUUCCCGUCGCUGGAUCCAUUGCAUUGCUUGAUUCUAUCAGUUUCUGCGGUAUUCAUACCACUAUAUCUCAAAAUCGAUGAAUUAAUUCGUCGUUCUUUUGAUCCGAUAUGGACCCUGAAGAAGAGGCUGAAGUUAUUACUGCGUUCAUGUAGUUAUUCGAUACUAUUUUUGGUUAUAUUUGCUUCCUGCUAUAUGUGGAGUAUAACCGUUGCCCCUUUUUUCAAGUUUGUCACAUUACCUCUCGGGUUAAUUUUAUCAUCAUUUGGCUUUUGGGAUUUAUGGGUCAAUGAGAGUCAUUCCAUAUCGCGCUAUCGCUACUUGUAUCAAUUGAAGUAUGGAACACGGAAAAUGAGUUCAAUGACACGACUCAUGGUAUCAAUAUUGCGCAUAUUGAUUUCGAGUUCAAUCUUAUGGAUUGUCAAACUCCGAUAUUUGCCAUUUAAAGCUGUAAAGAAAUCGCUGAUUGAAAUGUCUGCUUCAGAAAGCACCAUUAAUUUGUAG